AAGUCUACCAUGUCGGCUCCUUUAUAAUUUAUCACCCCUUACAAUUUCCAUUUCAAUUAACGCUACAACCCCCGCGGCCGCGCACCCUGAACUCAUACCAACAACCAAUUCCAAUUUCCAGUAAUCAGUAAUCUCCAAAAGGAGAGAGAAAAUGACAACAACAAUGGUGGGAGAAGAAGGAGAGUACAACUGGAGAGAAGUUCAACUACCAUCGCUAAUACCAAUAGCACAUGAACCAGAACUAGAGAGAGAAACUGGAGAGAGAAGGAGAGGCCGUGACGUCAUAAUUGCAGUGGAUCAUGGCCCCAAUAGCAAGCACGCCUUUGAUUGGGCUCUUGCUCACUUUUGCCGCCUCGCCGACACUAUUCACCUUGUUCAUGCUGCUUCCAGUGUGCAAAAUGAGGAGGUUUAUCAAGCAACCCAGGUUUUGAUGGAGAAACUAGCGGUGGAGGCUUUCCAGGCGGUCAUGGUGAAGUCUGUGGCUAGGAUAGUGGAAGGCGAUGCAGGAAAGGUGAUAUGCAAGGAAGCAGAGAGGUUGAGGCCUGCUGCUGUGAUCAUUGGUUCCAGAGGCAGAGGACUGCUUCAAAGUGUAUUGCAAGGGAGUGUUGGUGAAUAUUGCAUCCAUCACUGUAAGACUGUACCAUUCGUAAUUGUUCCUGGCAAAGAAGCUGGUGAGCAAUCAGUAGUUUAGUCGGGGAAGAAGAUCCCGAGUCCUCAGACUGUGAUGAUCUCUUGUGUUUGUAUUUACUGUAAUCAGUGUAAUGUGUUUAGUGUGGUGUAUGCAGAACAUUUAAUUAAGAUUCUGUGUAAUGAAAUUUUCAUUUUCCUAUAAUUAAAUUUGUUGUUUCAAAGACCUA